GGGGCCAUUCGUCACUUCCGCCCAGGCCGGAAUCCAAGAUGGCUGCGCUGUUGCUGAGACAUACAGGCCGUCAUUGCCUCCGAGCCUACGUUAAUCCUCAGCUCUGUUUCAGAAAUGCUAUUCCUAUGGGAACAACAGCCAAAGAAGAAAUGGAACGGUUCUGGAAUAAGAACACAACUUUAAAUCGUCCUCUGUCUCCCCAUAUCACUAUCUACAGGUGGUCUCUUCCCAUGGUGAUGUCUGUUUUCCACCGUGGCACUGGUAUAGCCAUGAGUGGAGUGAUCUCUCUUGUUGGCUUGUCAUCACUGGUGCUGCCUUGGAACUUUGAGACUUAUUUGGAAUUUUUGAAGUCGCUGAAUCUGGGGCCAACACUGAUCUAUACAGCUAAGUUUGUACUUGCUUUGCCUCUCUCAUAUCACAUGUGGAAUGGGAUUCGACAUUUGACAUGGGACCUAGGAAAGGGCCUGAAGAUUCCCCAGCUCUACCAGUCUGGAGCAGCUGUCUUGGUUCUUACUGUGUUGUGCUCUCUAGGGCUGGCAGCCAUGUGAAGAUCUGAAGUUCCCAUCAUUGUCUUCCUGAAAAUUAUUAUACCAAUUUAUCUUCCUGUUUGUCACUCACCUCCUGCCAAUAAAGGUCUUCUGACUUGUUUA